UUUCUUAUACAUAUUCUACUUUAAACAGAAAAAAACAAGAAAAUUUUAAACAAUGACUGGUCGUGGUAAAGGUGGAAAAGGUUUGGGAAAAGGUGGAGCCAAGCGCCAUCGUAAAGUACUUCGUGAUAACAUCCAGGGUAUCACCAAGCCGGCCAUACGUCGUCUAGCCCGUCGUGGUGGUGUGAAGCGUAUUUCGGGUUUAAUCUAUGAAGAAACCCGUGGUGUUUUAAAGGUCUUUUUGGAAAACGUUAUUCGUGAUGCUGUUACUUAUACCGAACAUGCAAAACGUAAAACUGUUACCGCCAUGGACGUGGUCUAUGCUUUGAAACGUCAAGGACGUACUUUGUACGGUUUUGGUGGUUAAAUUUUCCACCAUACAAAUUAAUAAGUCGCAGAUAGGCGAAAAGUAUUAUUAUACACGUAAAAUUUAACUUUUGAAUACAUAUUCCAAUAACCAGAGAAAAAAUUAAGUAUAGUAUGAGUUUACCCUAUCAAUUCUUAAUGUCGUUUAAAGAAUGCAUACAUUUUUUAACUUAACUAAAAAUAUCUAUUUGACUUGAUUCAUUAUUAACUUUAAAAUAUAUGACGUAUUUCAUUGUCUACAUGUAAUAAUCAUUAUGAUAAAAGAAUAAAAAUAAAUUUUAUUCAAAA